AUGAUUCUCGCCGUCGCUCUUCUCGCCACCACCGCCGCCACCAUCGCCACCAAUCAUCCUUCGCCAUUUGUGCAGCAGCCGCCCAAAAGCUUUUGGCACUUCAAAACCAUCACCAGAACUGUUGAUCUUGGAUCGUUCAAGGACGGAUUUGCCGAGUUUUACAAUGAAUUCCGCAAUAAAAACCAAAACGAGUUCACAUUCAACGCAUCGCUCAAAAACGGCACCAUUGUGGUGACUUGGGAGAGGGAGCCGGUCAAAUUCAGCUACAAAAUUCUCACGCAAUACACCUACCCACUCGCUGUAAACGCCACCGUUCUCACAUCCGAUUUUGUCGAUUAUAUUCGAAGAUUCGAAGAAGCGAAUCCGAAUGGCUACUUUAUCGGAUCGCUGAAGAAAAAUGAAUCGAUUUACGCCGAAAUCAAAUCAAUUGGAUUCGAGUUUGAGUUCAUUUUGAAUUCCGACAAGCACGGAGUUGAUUUCGUGUGGGCAAACGUCACAAAUUGCUCCAAUUAA